GCUGAGUACAGUCAUCCCAUGUUACAGCAGAGAAGAUCAAUAAUAGCGUCUGACUGCAGCAGUGUGCACCUGAUUAUUCCUGUUCGCCAGAGAAAAAUCAUCAUGAAAACCAACGAUGAAUUUGAAUGUUUUCAGCCAUAGAUAAUGCAGCUGAUUACCAGCAAAGAUAGUUGUAUACUUGACGAAAAAUCAGCUGAUUACAUUGGUAUUGAAGAAAUUACAUGUGACAUAGAUUUCCACGUCUUAUCCAGCGAUAUGGGGAUCAAGGAAGUCACAUUUGAGAAUAUAUUUGCAUCAGGCACGGAAUUGACAGAGGGUGCUGUGUCCAACCAGUUUACAGAAAAAGAAGGCGGAGCUAUCGGAGAAGAUGUCAUUGAUAAAAAAGUGAAAGAAGAAGAUGAAAGUGGUGCUGAUUUUUGGAAACCACCCUCCUAUGAGGAAUCCCAAGCAUCACAAAUGGAAGCUAAUUGUAUAGGAGACAGUAUUGACCUAGAUGAUGACUCUAUGAUAGAAAUUCCCAGUACGGUAGACAGGGGAGAGAACCCAGAGACAGCUUCUGCAAGACUAGAUGAACAUAUUGGAUGGGAUCGGAAAAUAGAGUACUUGCUUGCCUGUUGUGGUUUUGUUACCAGUUUUGAAACAAUAGUCAAAUUUCCGUAUUUGUCUCUUAAAUAUGGUGGCGGUGUGUUCUUUGUGGUUUAUUUGGUGCUGAUGUUAGUGUUUGGAUUUCCCCUGUUAUAUUUAGAAAUGAUUCUAGGACAAUAUGCUAGAGGAGGACCAAUUACAGCAUGGGGUGUUCUGCCAUUAAUGAAAGGUAUAGGAGUGUGUAUGGUGUGUGUGUCAGGAGCCAUGAGUUUUUGCUGUAACAUGACAACAGUAUGGUCUUUCUUCAUGUUUUUCAUAUCAAUUUGUUCAGAUCAGUCGUGGAAUUGUACAUAUCAAGGAUGUUCACACAAUACAAGUAUUUAUUUAGUUAAUAGUACAGAUAGUACAGACCCAUCAUUGCAGCAUUCUACAUAUUUCUAUAAUUCAGUAUUAAACAUAUCAAAUGGUAUAGAGAGUUUGGGAGAUGUCCAGUGGCGUUUACUGCUGGUAUUGAUCCUGUGUUGGUCCUUAGUCUACUUUGUUAUCAUCAGAGGUCCACAGUCCAUAGGAAAGGUCAGUAUUAAACAUAUCAAAUGGUAUAGAGAGUUUGGGAGAUGUCCAGUGGCGUUUACUGCUGGUAUUGAUCCUGUGUUGGUCCUUAGUCUACUUUGUUAUCAUCAGAGGUCCACAGUCCAUAGGAAAGAGAGUUUGGGAGAUGUCCAGUGGCGUUUACUGCUGGUUUUGAUCCUGUGUUGGUCCUUAGUCUACUUUGUUAUCAUCAGAGGUCCACAGUCCAUAGGAAAGACAGUCUAUAUAUCUUUUCCUAUUCCUAUGACAUUUUUGAUUACUAUAUUAGUAAGAACAUGUUUUGAGGAGGGAGCAGUAACAGGCAUUAAAGUCUUCCUCAAUCUUAACUGGGAAGCUCUAGGUAAACUACAGAUAUGGGUUGAUGCAGGACAGUUGAUGGUUACCUCACUUGGUAUAGGGACAGGAUGCAUUACAUUAAUGUCAGGAUACUCACACUUCCACAGUCAUUGCUUUAGAAAUGCUUUGUUAACCACCUUGGCACAUUUGUUUGGUAUGGUAUUUGCUGGAUUUACACUGUUUUCAUUGGUUGGUGUGUACAAUGAAAAGACAGGACAGAAACUUACUGACACACUUAAUAUUACAGCAAUAGAUCUAGGUUUUGUGAUAGUACCAUCAGUAUUAUAUGGAUUUACCUCUCCCAAACUAUGGCUGGGACUGUUAUUUAUAUCCCUGGCUUUAGUUGGACUAGAUACUCUUGCAGUCCAUUUACAGAACGUUGUGUCAGCAUUACUUCACCUCCUACCAGAAAAGUAUCGGUUCCGAUGGAAGUUUAAAUACAUAAUGGCGGGAUCUGUGUGUCUACUUAUAUCAUUGAUUAGCAUUGUAACUGUUACUCAGGCAGGUUUAUACAUUUCAUUUUACUGGAUGAACAGUGUAACAAAAUUUUCCUUGUUUUUCAUCACUUUAUGUGAAUGCAUGUUGUUAGGGUGGGUAUAUGGUGCCCAGCGUGUGUGGAAUAAUAUUGCUGACAUGACGGGCAGUACAGAUUCUCCCUGGUGGAAGAUCACAUGGCAAUUUCUUACUCCAGCAGUUAUACUGGCAUUGAUCAUUCUUACCAUUAUGACAGACUCGGUGUUACAGUACAAGUUAUAUGAGUAUCCAUCUCUCAGUAAACAGAUUAGCUGGUGUAUAACGUUCAUUCCAUUGUUACCACUGUUAUAUGCUGCAGUUCUAUGCUACAGAAAUGAUUUCUCAUCAUUCAGACAAAAAUAUAAGGAUCUGACAAAGACUCCAACAGAUUGGGGUCCAGGACCCUUAGGAAAUCAGGAACCAGGGACCGAGCCUCCAGACUAUGUCAUCUGCACCCCAGACAUUUUCAGACCAGAGACUGGACUAGCUUUACUCACUGCUAACCUGUACAUUCCUAAUCUGAAAGGACUUAUAGAUUUGGAGGAAACCCAGGGCAGUGAUGAUUCAUCUGGACCUUACCUCUCUGACAUGAUGACAGUGGACAGUGGCGACACGGAGAGUACAGACGACAGUGGAAACAGUCACCGUGGUAACUGGAGUAGUCGUCUUGACUUUGUCCUAUCUUGUCUUGGAUAUGUUGUUGGUCUCGGAAAUGUUUGGAGAUUUCCUUACCUAGUUUACAGAAAUGGCGGAGGUGCCUUUUUUAUCCCCUAUAUAAUAAUGUUAGUGACAUGUGGCAUUCCAUUAGUGUUCAUGGAGUUAGCAUUUGGACAAUAUGCCAGUUUAGGUCCAGUAACUGUAUGGAGAUCAGUUCCACUAUUUAAAGGCAUUGGUAUGGCAAUGGUUCUCUCAAGCUUUGUUGUUUCUAUCUAUUACAACAUGGUAAAUGCUUGGGCAGUUCAUUAUCUGUUUUCCUCCAUGACAGCUACACUUCCUUGGUUUAAUUGUGGAAAUAAAUGGAAUAACCCAGAUAGGUGUAGUAAGAACAUAUUUGAGGUCAGUAAUUGUUCACAUUUCAACAGUUCAUAUGUAUACCAGAACCAAUUUCAAAAUCAUUCCUGUUUCCCUGUUCUGGCAAACUGUUCUCUGUACAGCCAAAAUGAGACCAAAUUGGUAACAGAUUGCAUUACAGAAUUAAGACGAGAGUUUGGUGCUGCUGUCCUAACAACAGAUCGUCAUACAAGAAUGACAACGCCAAGUGAGGAAUAUUUUUAUAACCGAGUAUUGAAUGUAUCUGGAAGUCUUGGUAAUGUUGGAGGUAUCCAGUGGGAGCUUGCGUUAUGUCUGUUACUAUGUUGGGUAGUUGUAUUUGUAUGUCUGGUGAGAGGAAUCAGAACCUCAGGGAAAAUUGCCUAUUUUGUGGUAACUUUUCCAAUGGUAAUUAUGAUGGUCCUGUUAGUACGAGCUUUAAUGAUGGAGGGAAACAUCAAAGGAAUUAAGUUUUACGUCACACCAAAGUGGGAGAAAUUAAAAGAACCUAAAGUCUGGGCCGAUGCAGCAGUACAGGUGUUCUUCUCAUUGUCAGCUUGUAUGGGAGGACUCACGACACUGGCCAGUUAUAAUAAAUUCCACAAUAAUAUUUAUAGUGAUGCAAUAUUAGUGUGUUUAGGAGAUACACUUGUAAGUGUGUUAGCUGGAUUCUCCAUGUUUGCAAUGCUAGGAGUUCUAAGUCAUGAACUAGGUACAGAUAUAGAAAGUGUCAUUCAGUCAGACAUUGGACUGACAUUUAUAGUAAAUCCAGAAGCCAUGUCAUAUUUUCCUAUUUCUCCAUUAUGGUCCAUUUUAUUUUUCCUCAUGAUUAUCAUGCUGGGCAUCAGUACACAGUUUGUCAACGUAGAAACUGUCAUCACCGCCAUCAUCGAUGAAAAUAUCACCCUCUUCAGAAGACGGAGGAUUGCUGUUUUAUUUGUCGUCUGUUCAUCAUUGUUUUUACUUGGUCUUCCUUUAACCACACAGAGUGGUUUGUACAUAUUACGUGUGAUAGAUGAGUAUGUAGCAGGGUUCCCAAUCAUGGUUACGGGUAUAUUUAUGUGUAUAGCUGUUGGUUGGUUCUAUGGUGUAAAACAGUUCUCAGCCAAUAUAAAGCAUAUGAUUGGUCAUCACACAGGACAUUGGUGGCAUGCCUUGUGGUGUGUCAUUACUCCAUUGAUUAUACUGUUCAUCCUGGUAUUUUCAGCAGUAGGCUAUGAGCCAUUGUCAGCUAAAUACAGUAUUGAUAUAUAUCCAGUAUGGACAGAAGUUGUUGGUUUUAUAAUCCUAGCCAUUCCUGUCAUAACCAUUCCAAUAUUCUUAAUUUAUAAAUUAUGUAGAGGUCAAGGACGAUUGUCUCAGAGAUUCCAUGUAGCAUGUCAGUCUGAGCCUAAUUGGGGUCCUGCUUUAGAGAGACAUUGGAAGAAUGUAGAAUAUUUCCCUGCUGUAAAUACCAACACAUUGGCUGUAGAUAUUGACCACUCUCCUUUACACACAGUAUCAGAUCAUGUUCAUUUUACCACAGUUGGUGUACGUGUUCCAAGCUUGUCACAAGCUAGUCUCAUUCCAAAACCACCUUUAUCCCCAAAGAAACCCAGAGAUAUGAGAGAACGAGCCAUGCUCAAUCAUGCUUACACUAAUCCUCAGUUCCAUCAGUCCACUGCUUCCAUAGAUAAAUCCACAUUUACGCCAGACGAUGUUUUCAUGGACACAGAUUAUUUUAUUGUCAAAAAACCAUUAACCAUCACUGUUGAAACUAAAGAUGCCUGUACUCAAACUGACCAAAUCAUCAAAAGUCCAAAACAGACAGAUAAAAAUAAGAUAUUAGAUUUUCCUCCAACAAAACAGAAAUCUUGUGAAAAUGUUAAUGGUUUAAUUGAAAAUAAUAUAAACAAAGAAAACGGUCCUGCAGUAUUACAUGUGAAUGUGACACACUUCUGACAAAGAUGAGCAUUCAAAGUUCAGAGAUUAGUAUAGGAGGAUCCGACUAAAGAGGAGCCCUUAAGAUUCAGAAAUCAUUAUUGAAGGAUCACUAAACAGUAGCCCUGAAAGUUUGAGAAUCAUUAUUGAACGAUAGUUCAGAAGAGGAUCCCUCAUGGUUUCGAAUCAUUAUUGGAGAAUUAUACUAAAGAGGACCCCUCAGGGUUCGGAAAUCAUUACUGGAGAAUUGUUCUUAACAAAUCAAGGUCAUUAAAUCUUUAUAGAAAGAUUAUACUAAAGUUGGAGCCCUGAAGGUCCUGAAAUCUUCAUUGGAGGAUUGUAUAAAACCCGGGCCACCCAAGGUUUGAAAAUCGUUGCACAGAGGAUCAUAAAGAGGAGGUUCUUCUAAGCAGGAUAUGUUAUUCUUAUUUGAAAAACCUCAUGAAUUUAUAGCAGAAAAAUGUGACAUCCAGUGAAUUCAAUACCAUGUAUUCUCGAACAGACUGAUAUAUUAUUCAGAUUUUACGAAUGAAAAUGAAAGUACUUUAAUAUAAAAAGGAAAGAUGUGGUAUGAUUUUAUGUAAAGGCGGUCCACUAAGAGGAAAUUGAGUAAUAAGGUUGAUUGACUAUACAGAAAUAUACAGGUGAUUUGUGUUUCGCCACAAGAUAAGAUAAAGUAAUAAUACAUCUAAUUUUCAAAUGAGAAAAUUACAUAUCAUGAAUCUUGGUUAAAGGAAAAUGUACACCAAUGACUUAAGACUGGUACAUGGGAGACAACUCUUGAGACAUAAAAAGAACAAUUUAAACAUACAAGAAUUGGUAUUAUGAACACUAUUUAGUGUCCUUGAUCAAUCACAAAUAGUAACAUAAGAAUAGAUCAAUUCAUAGUGAACAACAUAUGCAAUUAGAAGCCAAUUUUGUUAUAUUGAAAUAUAAUCAAUUCUGAUUAGAAUGAGGAAUGAACGGGUACACACUGGGUUUUAAAAAGGCUCUAUUUGUAUAUCAAAAAUUGUUAAUAUGACCACAUUGGAAUUUAAUUUAUUUAGCUAUACAGCACUAAAAAUAGUCACAUGUAUUAGUAUUUUUUUUUAAUUGAAGUUUACAACCCUACAACUGAGGAGAGCAGGAGAAAUUUUUAGGUCAAUGAUGAUUUAUAGCAAUAAUAUAUUAAAGAAAAUAUCAAGAUUCUAUAAGGUUUAAAUAGAAGUAAGAUCCCUGUUUCCUAAAUUGAUAGAUUAAUACUUGGAAACACUAGGUAAUCUUUAAAGAUUGUACUGUAACUGGAAGUUUUAUCCUUGGACUGUUAUCGUCCUAAUGACAAAUCGAGAGGAGUUUUAGUUUCCUGUACAUAAGAACAAAAGUAUGAGAUGAAAAACUUGUGGAAGAUGUCAAGCUCAUAAUUUACUACCCAAAUAGACAUUUGUAUACAUAAGACUCAUGGGUUCUGCUUGUAUCAAACAGAUAGAAUACCAAAUCAAAUACACAGCUAUUUUUUUUUUUUUUUUAACAUGAAAAUUUAAAAGGAUAAUGGGCCUCAGUGGCUAGAUGAUCUAAGUUCUUCCUCUUAAGUGAUCGCUAGCCAAUCAGCACUGAGGUUAUGAGUUCCUACCAUGCUUAAGGUACAGUACUUUGACUCCUACCUUAAUGAACUAUGAUCACCAGUUCUUCUGCAUAAUGUCAUAGUACUGGGUCAGCAAUAUAAGUAGACAUAGGUUUUUCCUGUUUGAAUGGUUAUGCACUAAUAAUUUCAGUGGGCCCUUUAUAACUUGCUGUUCUGUGGGAGUCCAGGCUUAGUGUUGAAGGCCAUAACUUGACCUAUGAUGGUUUACUUUUAUAAAUUGUGACUUGGAUGGAAAGUUGUCUCAUUGAUACUCAUACCUCAUCUACCAAAAGCAAAUGUCAAUGCAAGCAAUACAAUUUUGUAAAAUGAUGAAAUUAAGUGAUUUUCACUGUAUGGUUUAAUGUUUUAUAAGUUUUUUCAUGUAUGUGAAUGUGAGGCCCCUCGCUGUCAGGCAUGCUAUAGCAACUUUUUAAACUGUAAAAUCCUUCGAAUUUUAUGAUUUCUAAUUAAGUUUUUUUAUGUAUGAUAGGCAUUGCUAUCAAUUUAUACUAUGAUGUUGCAACAGUAUUUAUGCAUUACUGUUUAGUGUUUACUAUUCUCUGUCAAGUUCUUCAUCAUGACCUCUCAGUAUUGCCACAGAUAGUAUACAAUAAGGAAAUAACCUUGAACUGUCCUUGAGAUUACAUGUAGUGAAGAUCAGUAAGUAAUGAAAUAACCUUGAACUGACCCUGAGAUUAACAUAAUAUGUAUUAAAGAUACUAAUACAUGGAUAUCUUGUCAUUAUAAUAAAGUAUAGUCGUAACCUUGAAAUGACCUUGAGAUUUGCAUAAUAUGUAAUAAUAUAGAACCUAAUACAUGGAUAUCUUUGUCUUUGUUAUUAUGUAUAAUCAUGCUGUGAAUUUAUCUAUAUUAAUGACAGCUCCACCAUCUUGAAAUUCGAGAUAGAUAAAGUCUUAUGUUACCAGAGAAUACAUGUGUAAUUAUAUUUUUAUACUAUUUUCGAAUGGGAAAAUUAGUAUUGACAGUUGCACCUUCUUGAAAGUUUUAAAUAGAUAAAGAAUAUUGUAAAGAGAAAAGUUCAUGUGUUAUUAUAUAGUUUAACUAUUUUAGAAGCAAUAAUUCUCACCUUCAUUGAUAAGGUCUCAUUGCAUUAUAAUGGUUAAUAUUCUAAAAGGGGUAAAUAUCUACUAAAAUUAUAGGACAGUACAUAGUUGUUUAUUGUUUGGAAAACUUUGAAAGGAUAACAAACCCAUGGCCUAUGUCAAGGUGAAGACAAUAUUAUUAUCACUUUAUAUAAUACUUUAUGUAGGAGGAUCAUUAAAUAAGCAAUUCAGUUUUUUUACAUGGAUUUUUCUAUAGAUAUACAGUAAUAAACUUCAGAGAUAAAAAAUCAAGUUUUAUUACAUAGAUUAUUAUCAUAUUUAUUUUUGUCCAAGCUAAAAAUGAAACUGUGAUACUUAUUGUCAAACAGAUGCAUAGAAAACGAUUUUCUUUUGUGUUUUUCAUUUUAGGGAAGAAAACAGGUGUUUUUAAAAAAAAUUGUGUAUGCAAUAUGACAACUAAAAGUUUUCUAUCAACUUUAAAAAUGUUAACUGGUAAUUUCACUUGAGCCUCAUUAGUUAAUGUUAUUUUGACCAUGAUACAAUGAAUCAUAUUUUUUUUAAAGUGAAAAGCCCUUAUUGCAUUUAUUAAAAUGAAUGAAGUUUUGUAUUCACUCUGUAGAAGAUGUAAGUUACUGCAGUAACAGAAUAGAUGCCUCAAAUUACAAACAAUUGUGCAAGUUAUAGAUAUUGUUGAUAUAAUUUGUUAUUUUUAAUUUUUUUAAUUGUUAAAAUUGUUUAUUGUUAAUGUAAUCAAGGCCAAUGUCUGUGAUUGAAUAAAGUUUUGAUACCA